AUGCAGCCAGGGCUGCAAAAGGGGCCGGGCUCAGACCGCGGCGGGCGGAAGAAAGCGCGGGGCGAGCGACGGGAAGGCGAGCGCUGCCCGCGGGGGGCGAAGACAGAAAGCGAAUCAGAGCCGAGCGAAGCUGGCAGGGAAGGGCGCAACCCUAAGAGCCCCGCGGUCGUCGCCGAGGCUCGGGAAGGGCCCCCGCCUGGGCCCGAGGCCAUCCGGCAGGCCGCCGACCGCGGGGCCCGCGUGCUGCUGACCGCCCCGACCGGGCGACUGGCCGCCACGCUGCGGGAGCGGUUUCCGGGGCUGGAGGUGGACACCGUGCACGGGGCGUUCCUUGCCUACAAGCCUGUCCACGAGGCGCUGGAGGUCAUGUGGCCCUACGACCUGAUCGUCGUAGAGGAGGUGGGCCAACUGAGCCGGGAGCUUUUCGAGCGGCUCAUCACUCAGUGGCGCGCGGCGGAGCGGAUCCCGACCCUGGUGUUUGUCGGCGACUUCUACCAGCUGCCCGGCGUGGAGCCGACGACAGCGCUGGACUCGCCGCAGUGGCAUCACGUGCAAGUCCAGAAGCGGCACCUCCACGAGAUGAUCCGCUGCAAGUGCCCGAUCCUCCGGAAGAAGCUGGAGCUGCUGCGGACCGCCGGCUACGUCACGAACGAGAUCCCCACGCUGGACGACGUGACCCACAUCCUGGCAGAGACGCCGGAGACGACAUUCCUCACCGUCAGCCGCGGCGCCAGCGCCCGCUUGAACGGCCUCGCCACGCAGGCCCUCUUCGGCGACAGCGCUCCGCUCGCCGUUGUGCCGGCCGACCCCGAGAGCAACGUGGACAACUACGUCCGCGGCAAGCUCGUGGCCGAGACGCCGCUCGAGACGCCCCUCUCGGGCGCGCGGGUGGUCCUGACCAAGAACCUCAACAAGACCGUCGGGUUCGUCAACGGCAUGGGCGCCACCGUCCUGGGCAUGGACAACGACAACGUGAUGGUUCGAACGGACCAGGGCGCUCGCCUGGCGAUCCACCCGUGGACGUCGGAGAACCACGUGGUCCGCUACCCCCUGCGCUUGGGCUACGCGAGCACGUUGCACAAGGUCCAGGGCGCCACGCUGGCCCACAUCACCGUGUGGCUGGACAUCCCGAACAUGCCCGCCGCCGCGUACUGGAGUUCGACGCGAACUGGCGCUGCCUCGGCGACCCGGGGGUGCACCACUUCACGCCAGCUCGCUUCCACUGAAGGACCCCAGGAAGGGGGCCGCGGGGCGGGCCAAGAGAGCAAAGUUGCUUGCUAA